UGCUGCUGCCUGCAUCCCACAACCCCACAAAUCAAUCAAAGUUGAUGCAAGUCCGGAGACACAGGAGGUGCCAGCGCCAAACCUGAUGAGCCACCAAAAGGCCCCUGGUGACCACCUUCUGGACAUCUUGGAGAACUUGAAGGAGGAGGAUUUCAAGAGAUUUAAGAAGAAACUCAAUGAAUUACCAGUCAGGGAAGGCUAUAACAACAUCCCCAAAGGGCGGCUGGAGAAGGCAGACGCGCUGGAAGUGGUUGAUCUCAUGUGCAGAUACUACACUGAGAAUUACGCUAUAGAGGUGGCAGCCAGGGUGCUGGAGAAGAUUAACAUCAAAGACCAGGCAGAGAAGCUCUGGAAAUUUACUGAGAUGCCCCCACAUCUGCCCAAGAACACCUAGGGAUAGGUACCCAGGUCAGAGAGUGAGUGGGGAAAUUUGGAUCCAUGGCCAUGUUUUCUUAGACAAGGAAGACUCAGAAGUGGUAAUCCCUCUGGGUCUGAGGAAGAGCCGUCUUUUAGAUUGCCACUCCCAGAAUCCCUCCAGGUAGUAGGGAAAGCCAAAAAGACACUUCCCCCAUUAGGGAAAUCUCUUAAAAACAGCAGAGCAUCCAAAAACAUAAACAGGAUACUUAACUGAGCCGUCAGCUCACAGCAAGCAGAAGGUGAAGUGUUGUGGCUGCAAAAGAAUUUUGGGCUUAGGAGGCAAAGAUGCAGUGUGCUGUCACACGCUGGGCCUGUGAGGAUGUCUGUAGACAGAACAUGUUUUCUGUAUGCCCAACGGGACGCCGGGGGUGCCUCGGCUGAGAGACCCUUUGGAUUUCCCUAUACAAAGUUCUUUAGAGGCUUAGA